UCUCACGAAUCAAUUCCUUCGAUUUACAGCGCCGAUCGUUCACUGCCCCUUGCGAUGCUCAUCACUGGACGGUAUUGGCAAUUGGACAGUGGAUGAUGGAUCAAUAGGGAAUUGUGUCGAGAAUAUAAGCUGGAACCUUGGUUAUAAUACCGCGACAAUCCGAGGAUAUUUUAUUGGUCGAACUGCUUCGCGUCUUUACUGCUUUGAAGUUUUUUUUUUACGAGAGACGCACCAACCAAAUGUCACUGCUGCUGCUGCUGCUAGUGGCGUGCCAACUCUACGGUGGCACCACCGCCACCGUCCAGUUCGGUCGCUACAACUACACCGAGUACCACGCCGGCAACCUCAGCCUGAUCCUCACCGUGCCGCACGGAGGCUCCCUCAAGCCGAGCGCAAUCCCAGACCGAGCAGCCGGAUGCUGGGACCCCACGGCCUCUGUCUGCGUCUUCCAGCACACCUGCCCGCCCGGCCUGGCUGCCGAUCCAAAUCGAUGCGACGUCUCGACAUCGAAGGACCUCUACACACUGGAGGUCGCCAUGAAGCUCGGAGAGCAUCUCAAGACCCUCACGGGAUUCCACCCGCACGUCGUCAUCAACAACCUGCACCGGAUCAAGCUGGACGCCAACAGGGAUCGCGACGAGGCGAGUUUCGGGAACUCGUUCGCUGAGCAGGCGUGGGACGACUUCAUGAAUUUCAUCGAACGAGCCAAGGGCUCCAUUGGCGUGGGUCUCAUCGUGGACCUGCAUGGGCAGGUGCACACCGAGGGCUGGGUGGAGGUGGGCUACACCAUCUCGGGGAAGAGCCUGGACGCCUCCACCUUCGGGCCCGACGACUCGUCGAUCCGCCACCUGGCCGGGAAGGUGCAAGCCAGCCACGACGUGAGCUUCGAGCUCCUGCUCCGAGGUGCCCAGAGCCUGGGGGGAACGAUCGAGCGGGAGGGCGACGGGGCGUACUCCGCCGUGCCUUCGCCGUCUCACCCGGGUCCCAACGGCGGAGGAUACUUCAGCGGCGGCUACAUCACCCAGACGCACGGGUUGCGCUACGGCAGCACGGUCGACGCGCUGCAGGUGGAGAUGCCCAAGGCGGUGCGGAGCAGCGAGGGCUGCGAGGCGUUCUGCCCCGUGCUGGCGAGGGCUAUCGCCGAGUUCUGGCGUCGCCACUACUGCGCCGUGGGCUCCGUGCCCCUGCCGCACGGAUGCCCGUGAUGCCGCAUACUUCGGGGUGCGCGUAGGCCCCGCAGGGUUUGUAGUAGGCACGGAGCGACCCAUCGAUUCGGAUUCAUUUCAUUGUGGCUGUAAAUCUUGGCCAUCCCAGCUGGGGAGAGUAGUACAGCGUAAAAUAACAGGUAGGGCGAGCUAUUAUAAAGGUGAGGUUAUUGGUUCUAAUGUAUUACACUUGUUUCAAUAUAUAUCAGAAUACUCCGAUGGGCUUUAACGCUCUUUUCACAUUUGUCCAGUAGACAUCCGUGACCAUGUCAUAUAUGUUAUCAGUGUUAUGUAUGACAUGGCCAGGGCUUAAUAUUCGUAUCUGUCGAGGUUGGUUACUCAAUAAAAUAUGUUCAUACUCAGCACCACCGCAUCCUGCAUACUUCUCGCUAUGGCUGUGGCUACUGGUGAUGUGCCAAAUCCAGUCCAGCAGCAACCUGGCAAAUAUCGAGAAAUUAAACUCUACAUAUAUUGAAAUGUUGUAAUAUGCAUAGUACUAAUAAUGCUGUAUCUAUAGUAGAAUGUGUAUUAAUAGUAUCAAUACAAGAGUGCAAAUCCUUGUCUCCGACCCCGUAAGAUAGCGUUCUUACUACUGUA